UCAUGCUGCUGCCAGGUCCAGAGUGUGUCAUGGGUCCCUGUACGGCCUCCCAUUGCUGCUGUCUCUAUCGCCACACUCUGCCAUGUGCCACUUUCAGGUCUCCUCACACUGCUGGUGGGUUCCAUUUUGUCAUAGGGUGCUGGCAGAUUACGGGCCUCCCAUUGCUGCUGCCAGGCCUGUAAUCUGCCAUGGGCCCCCGUACCGCCUCCUCAUGCUGCUGCCAGGUCUAGAGUGUCUCAUGGGUCCCUGUACGGCCUCCCAUUGCUGCUGUCUCCAUCGCCACACUCUGCCAUGUGCCACUUUCAGGUCUCCUCACACUGCUGGUGGGUUCCAUUUUGUC